UUCAUCCAUGUAUAAAUACUUUAUAUAUCUGAUUUUUCUCCUCUUUCCAAGAGGCAAUUAUAGCCAAAUCGACUAUAUUUUAGGUGGAGGCUAUAAUAUACGAAAAUUUCUUUUCGUUAGUGAAGACAAUACUACUAUAACUUCAAGUUUUGUAUCCAAGAAAUGUUCGAAAUAUUUACAGUUGUUCACUACAGCCCUGCUGGAGAAGGAAAUAUGGGCACUAGAAAUGUUGGAUGCAACGUCGGGCGUACAGUCGGGGAUACUCAAAGGUAACGUGAUUAAUUUGGGAGCAUACGAUGAAUGCGUCAAUAUCAACGCGCAUACGCGACUUGGAGAAGUAUACGGAAAAUACUGUCGGGUCGAGCUGAAGACGCAAUCACCCGCGGAAAAGAAGAGAUUGGGGUUAGAUGUCCUUCUGAACCGUGUGACUUUGUAUACUCCCAUCUCUUCUAUGGCCGUGUGUGUUCCAGACGCUUGUUCUGAAAAGGACGUAGAGGGUUUGUUUCGAGCGAUGAGGAUGAUUCCCGUAGUUAAGGAGGGGGCAUGUAAGACUCAGUACACAAAACCUCCUCUUGACUACAAAGGAAAAGCUUUACUAUUCUUUCUUGGCGCUUGCGUUCUUCUAACCGUAGUGUCAACGGUAAUUGAUUGCGUCCACCGCUAUAAUGGGAAAGCUUCGUCCCACUUCGUAGUAAUGGCGUUCUCCACUUUGAAUAAUGCAAAGAAAAUUUUUCAAGUAAGGUAUGGUGGCAAUGAAGUUUAUUGUUUGGACGGUAUUAAAGCAAUAAGUACGGCAAUGAUUAUAUGGGGGCAUGUCUACUAUUACAAUUGUCGAUAUCCUAUAAGCAAUGCCCUUCAACUCCCUAAGGAAAUGGAAGGGCUUAGUGGAACACUUUCUUAUUUCGCAUCGUCAACUGUAGAAACAUUUUUGUUUAUAUCCGGUGCGUUUGUAUCGUAUGGUGUUAUUUCAGACGCAAGGAAAGGUUUAAAAUUCAAUAUUCGCACUUUCUACUUGAACAGAAUAUUACGGUUAACACCGUGUUUAGCCAUAACUGUGCUAAUCUACACUUUUCUCUUUGAGCAAGUGGUAUACGGUCCUACUAUUGAUUUAUGGUGUGAUAUGGAAAUUAUGCGAUGUAGACAAUACUGGUGGUCUACCCUCCUUUAUAUACAGAACUAUUGGAAUAUUCUGAGUAUGUGUUUCAGCAACGGUUGGUACCUCGCUGUGGACAUGCAACUGUACGUACUAUCGCCAAUACUGAUUGUAGCGCUGCUGAAAUCUCCUAGAUUAUCUGUAAUUCUGGCCAGUUUUUUUGCAUUCUGCUGCCUAGUAGCAAGUUUUACUAUCACUUGGAUUCUAGAAAUGGAGAUGUUGUCCCUUUCGUAUCUGAGGGACUAUUUUGCAUUGACACACACAAGGGGUGCUCCAUGGUUCAUUGGUUUUAUUGUGGGAUACCUUUUGUCGAUAGGUUUGGAUGGGAAAGGGAAGGUUUUGAGUAAGAGAACUAUUGCUAUAUGUUGGUCGGCGUGGUUUUUCGCAAUAAUUGUUCAAAUAGUUAGUAUGUUUUACAUAUCGACCGUACUGGGUGUCUGCUUUGAAAACACCUUUAGAAAACUUGCAUGGGUUUAUGUUCUUGCAUGGACUGCAUAUUCCUGCCAUUUCGGAUAUGGAGGGCAUCUCAACACAUUCCUAUCUUUGCCGAUAUUUCAAAUUUUCUCAAGGCUGGCAUACAGUAGCUACUUGAUGCACGGUUUCCUCAUACUCACGCUGAAGGGAAGCAUGCGUUCGGCAAUACACUUUACUCAUUUUGAACUGAUUGUGCAAACGUGCGGAUUUUGGUUGCUAGCACAGUUUGUCGCUCUUCUUUUUAAUUUAACGAUCGAGUCACCGAUUACAAUAUUAUUGACAAGGUCAGUGAAAAAGAAGAAGGAAUAAAAAAAGACAUUUGCCUAUUUCCUUGGUGGUGGGAAUUUUACUGUGUGAAAUAUCUGUUCUAUUAUCGUUAUUGUAAUAAAGUUUG